GGCACUCGCAGCCUUGCUCAUCCGUUCUGCCUUUCCAGGCCGACCUCUUUCUUUCCUGGCCUUGCCCAUUGUCUUAGAGACACCUGUGUGCUAGAACCUGCCCAGGAUGCCCAGGCAGUGUAGCCAUGUUCCUGCCCCGGCAGCGGGGCGAGCACUUUUUGUCCUGAUGAUGCUCCUGUGGACCCCACUUCUGCGCCUGACGCCUGAGCUCUGCCAUCCAGACGGGCGCCUGCGCCUCACCUGUCUCCCGGAGCAGCUUGGCUGUGGCCCUGCGGCCUGGCUGCGCCCCAGCACGCAGGUUGACUCCCUCGGACCCUGCUGGCAGGGUUCUCAAGCUGCCCAGAAAGCUGUCUUUGUGGAUCUCUUGUGCUCCGAGCUGCAGGUGACGGAGAGUGCCAGGUGGGGGCCGAAACAAGGCCUGGAUGUUGAUUUCUCCCCAGGAGCUCAGGGAUUUUAGAAACCUGUAAUGACCUCAUAAUGGCAACCUUUGGGUCACUGGAACCAUGUCUGCCUGGCUGUUGUCACCUUAGUGGUCCUGAGUGUGUCCUAACUUCAUAGUGUUCCCUUCUUGUCGUACCAGAGUUGAUAGUUUGGUUUGUGGCCUUGGCUUUUAAGAACUUCACAGCUUCUGCAUUCUGUUCCCCACGAGGCAUGUUUUGUCGUGAGUGAUGGCAGGCCACCUUUGGCUCUGCUGCGUCUCCACCCGCCUUGACUCUUGGCUGUGCGUUUUGUCGCGGUGGGAAGCCGGGGCACCUGCCUGGCCAGCGUCGGUUUUGGUGGUCGCAGUUCCUCUUGGCCCAUUUUGUUCUUAAGCAGCAGCAGCAGCAGCAGCGCCCGGGUACCUUGGAAUUUCACAGAAGUGCCAGGGAACAAGCACUUCUGGUUAAACGUCUCGGGGUGAACGGAAGUGCCGGUCAGAACCCCCAGCUUUGACUCCGUGACACGGUGGUGGGAGAACAGCUAAGGCUGUGGCUUCCCAGAGCCGGGAUGGGGGAUCCGCUGCCCACGCACACUGCCUCAUUCUGACAGAUUGCGCUUGACAAGGCCCCUGGAGGUGGCAGGGUGCUGGGGACUCUGCACUUACUGGUGGACGAGGCCUUGCUGCCCUCUGCCGAGGGAGCCGGGCUGGCGUGGUGUGCAGGCAGGGAGUGUGGCCUUGGAGGUCACUGACUGACCACUGGGCUACUGGCCCGUUCCCGGCAGGGCCGAUGCAGAGGGAAAGCAUCGUGCUGCCUGUAGACUGAAACCUUGGGGUCUCGUGUUGAUUGUGGAGCAGGGGACGGGUCUGGCCGUGGUCACGCUGGCCCCGGCACGCUGGCCUGUGUCCUGGGCCUUGGCAUCAGGAGUGCUCAGCCACACAGGGCAUCAUCCCCUGGCUUUUGCUCUGACCUGUGACCCUGCUCCUGUUUUCCCACCAGUGGCAGUGACAACGCAGGGGUGAGGUGCAGGGCCAGGAGGCUGGGACUGGGCAAGGACACCUGAGGUGCUGGAGCCGCCUCGCGGUGGGGCCAGGGUCAGGGCACAGCCUGAGCGGGAGCUUCUUGUUUGUUUAUUUUUAUUUAUCUAUUUGAAAGGCAGUUAGAGGAGAGGCAGAGAGAGAGAGAGAGAGAGAGGUCUUCUAUCCACUGGUUCACUCCCCAAUUGGCCGCAAUGGCUGGAGCUGCUCCGAUCUGAAGCCAGGAGCUUCUUCCGGGUCUCCCAAGUGAGUGCAGGGGCCCAAGGACUUGGGCCAUCUUCCACUGCUUUCCCAGGCCAUAGCAGAGAGCUGGAUCGGAAGAGGAGCAGCCGGGACUGGAACUGGCGUCCAUGCCGGCGCUUCAAGCCAGGGCGUUAACCGGCUGCGCCACAGCGCCGGCCCCAUGAGCUCUUGCUUCUUGUUUGCAUUCUAGUCCCAAGCCUUUGGGAUGCUGGCUGUGCUUUGGAAUCCAAGCAUGUGGGAGCCGCACUCCCAGGUGACGUGGAAGUGUUGUUGGUCCAGCCUUCGUCCUUAAGAAGCUCAGAAUCCGGGUCAGGCUCUGGCCCAGCCCUUCUUGUUGUGAGUGGUCGGGAGUCACACGGGGUCCAGGCCCGACUCCUCCCUGGGUGUCUGGGUGUUAGGGCAGGUCUCCUCCUCCCUCCUGCCCCAGCUGCUCUUCCUAAUCAAAGUGGCUUGGCUGAGUAGGGAGGAACUGGAGCAGCAGGAGGUCUAGGUUUUCCCUCUGCCUCCUGGGUCUGCUGGCCGGGGUGGGACUGCUGAACUCUCUGCCUCCUGGAGGGUAGGGCACACCGCCUGCCCGGGGCCUGGGAGUUGAGCUCCCACUGAGCACCGGGCAGGGCGUGACCUGGCUGGGUAGUGAAGAGCUCAGUGCUCCUGGGAUCUGCUCGGCAGCACGCGGCGGACUGAGGUUCAGGCUCUGUUGCUGUGACCCCAGACGGGUGGCCGCCCGUCCAGAAGCACCGCGGCGGUGUGACUCGCUUGUGACUUCCUGGGAUUGCCGCUGUUCGCAGAAGAUCAUCUUCUCAGGGUGCGUAGUGGCGUCAUGCACGCAGACUCCUGCGAGUUCCCCUAAGUUCUUAGAGGACCGCUUUGCCUUUUGAAUCAGAGAGUUGCAAAGUUCCCUAAAGAAUGGCCCUUGUGGAUAAGCACAAAGUGAAGCGACAGCGGCUGGACAGGAUUUGUGAAGGUAUCCGCCCCCAGAUCAUGAACGGCCCCCUGCACCCCCGCCCCCUGGUGGCCCUGCUGGACGGCAGAGACUGCACCGUGGAGAUGCCCAUCCUGAAGGACCUGGCCACCGUGGCCUUCUGUGACGCGCAGUCCACGCAGGAGAUCCACGAGAAGGUGCUGAACGAGGCCGUGGGCGCCAUGAUGUACCACACCAUCACCCUCACCAGGGAGGACCUGGAGAAGUUCAAGGCCCUCAGAGUGAUCGUGCGGAUCGGGAGCGGCUACGACAACGUCGACGUCAAGGCCGCCGGCGAGCUAGGGAUCGCCGUGUGCAACAUCCCAUCUGCAGCCGUGGAAGAGACGGCCGAUUCCACCAUAUGCCACAUCCUCAACCUGUACCGGCGGAACACGUGGCUCUACCAGGCGCUGCGGGAAGGCACGCGGGUGCAGAGCGUGGAGCAGAUCCGCGAGGUGGCCUCGGGGGCGGCCCGCAUUCGUGGGGAGACGCUGGGCCUCAUCGGCUUUGGUCGCACGGGGCAGGCGGUUGCUGUUCGAGCCAAGGCCUUUGGAUUCAGCGUCAUAUUUUAUGACCCCUACUUGCAGGAUGGGAUAGAGCGGUCCCUCGGCGUGCAGAGGGUCUACACCCUGCAGGACCUGCUGUACCAGAGCGACUGCGUCUCCCUGCACUGCAACCUCAACGAGCAUAACCACCACCUCAUCAAUGACUUCACCAUAAAGCAGAUGAGGCAAGGAGCCUUCCUGGUGAAUGCGGCCCGCGGGGGGCUGGUGGACGAGAAAGCCUUAGCCCAGGCCCUCAAGGAGGGCAGGAUACGAGGGGCGGCCCUCGACGUGCACGAGUCGGAGCCCUUUAGCUUUGCUCAGGGUCCACUGAAAGAUGCCCCGAACCUCAUCUGUACCCCGCACACGGCCUGGUACAGCGAGCAAGCCUCGCUGGAGAUGAGAGAGGCCGCCGCCACCGAGAUCCGCCGAGCAAUCACAGGUCGCAUCCCGGAAAGCUUGAGGAACUGUGUCAACAAGGAGUUCUUCGUCACUUCAGCUCCUUGGUCAGUAAUGGAUCAGCAAGCAAUUCAUCCCGAGCUCAAUGGCGCCACAUACAGAUACCCGCCAGGCAUCGUGGGCGUGGCUCCGGGAGGACUUCCUGCAGCCAUGGAAGGGAUCAUCCCUGGAGGCAUCCCCGUGACUCACAACCUCCCCACAGUGGCCCACCCCUCUCAAGCUCCCUCGCCCAACCAGCCCACAAAACACGGGGACAAUCGAGAGCACCCCAACGAGCAAUAGCAGAGAAUGCAGAACGGUGAUCACUCAGCUACACUCGGGACCAAGAGACAGUGAAACACACAUGAACUAAGAAAAGGAAUUUGACAGUCUUUUUACCUGAUUCUGGACAUACGCACCAUUGACGUUGCAGUGUUAAACCACAAGAGCGAGAAGACGGAAGACGCCGUCUGCUUACGGAAGCGUGGAAGAGACUAGCACGUGACUUAUUAACGACCAACUUCUGUUAUUGUAUGUUAAGUUUUUCAUCUGUGCAUCAAAUCACAAAGAAUAAAUAGAGCUUUUUCCUUUAUCAGUUCCUUGGGCGCGGCAGGCCCUGAGCUCCUUGCUCUAGAAUGUUGCAUCAAGAGUUCCAAACAUCAAAAUAAAAAUAUUAAGAGGAAUCCCCAUCCUGUGACUCUAGUCCCUUCGGUCUGCAGGGGCUCAUUACCUCUUUUUGCUAAUAGGAAGAUUAAGUCCUACCAGAUGGGGAGAAGACUGUCUGCCUGUGUUAGACGGAAGACAGAGAAGCGGCUCUCAAGUCUGAACUGCAGACCGAGCGGGCAGGUGGGCUGUAAGUUCAGUAACACCCUCUGAUGAUGCAAAAAAGAAAAAAAAGUAUUAAGUUUCACAAGCUGUUUGUACUCAAAUAUAUUUUCUCAGUUUCAGAUCCUCAGCUAUUUUAUUGAGUGGAAAGUCUUGAACUGAAAGGGUUCAAGAAGAAUAAUGUUGCAUUUCCUUAUGUCUCAGGAAACACUUUUUAUGGUAACUUGUCAGAUUGUCUAUGAACAAACCCACUUUUUUAGACAUUGAUAAAGUCUUCUUUUCUUCACGUGAUAUUUUAUACAAGAACACUUCAGAUGUGUUAUUAGAUGUGACUGAUUUUAACAAAUCCUAUUAGAUUUGUAUCAACUAGUUACAUGUUCUACUCAUAGUCUUUUGUGAAUCAUUGCCUUUUUGUUGAAAGAUGGCCUAUUUUGAGCCUUUGUAUAGGUACAUUCCUGUUUUUGUGACAAAAGAAAAACUUUAAAACUGUCCCAACAGAAAAUUAAUGGCUAUCAGAAGUAUGUUUUUGUUUUAGUGUGAGUUCCCGUUGCUGUAUUUGUUUAUUGUAAAGGUGGACAUUUAGCGUUCAGUGCAGUUUUCAAUAAAAAGUAAUGAAAAUUUC